GAUAUGAACUGGGGCACUUUUAAAACCCUUCUUACAGAUGCAUUGGUGGACCAUUUGCAUCCCAUCCAGGUUCGCUAUGAGGAAAUAAUAUCUGAUCCAGCUUAUUUGGAUGGAGUCCUGGCAGAAGGUGCUACAAAAGCUGCAGCUAUAGCUGAUGCUACUCUCAAUAAUGUCUAUCAGGCAAUGGGAUUCUUGCGAAGAUGAGUGGAAUCAAUUAUAUAGCGGAAUUUAUGUGAGAUGAUAUGCAUGCAUACCUUAGCUUGGUUUUUGAUAAUUUAUCAUCACCUGCAGUAUUUUUGGAGCAUACUGGAAUGAAUGAAAGAGUUAUUUAUUAGAAAGGCCUACAAAUUCUUUGAUGGAGUUGGGUACAUAUCUCCAAUCUAGACAGGAUGUAUACAACUCAGCUGUCUUUCCUUGGGCUUAAAUUUAUCUCCUUUGGUUGGUGGCUUGCUUGGUAAGCGCAUCAAAAACUUUCGAAGAUCUCCUGGCCUAAAGAGUUGGGUUGGAGGGUUGUUUUAGCUCAGAAACUCAACUUCUCUCUCCAUUUAGCUAUUUUCAUGAAUGUUUUCGGGCUUCCAAAAUGAACCCACUGACAUAAU